AUGUGCUUCCCAACGACCCUGCUUGCAGUUCUAUUCUGCAUGUGUGACCUAGCCAUUGCAUCCACUAUCCAAGGGAUGUCUGGCUUCGUCCGCAUACCCGUCUACAACACUGCCAACCUCGUGGGAUCAGAACUGCUACCGACCGCAAGGGUCAUCAACAAGCUCCUGGAUGACGUGGACGGCGUCCAACGGCCUGUGAAGGGUUAUUUCGUUACCGCUGUCGACAGCACCAUGUUCAGCAUUUACCCACCAAUCCAGGGCUGCGGAUACGGCGUCACGACAACUUCAGCCGAGGCAAGAUAUAGAGGAUGCAGCGUUGCCAUGAACCUUGGCUUUUUUGACAUCUCCAACAAGACGCACCCGCAUUGCCUUGGGGGUGUUGUUAGUGACAAUGUCCUGAUUGAGCACGACACCACUGGAAACGUGCAUUUCGGCUUAACCAGUGACGGAAACUGGUUUAUCGGCUACGUGGAUAACAAAUUCCUGGCGAAACACACCCUGAAGAGCGUCGCUGAUAGAUGCGACUCUACCGGUCCCUGCGCAGACGAUGUAGAUUCCCCCUGGUACUUCCGAUCUCUCGCAUCGGGUGUCGUCCAGCUUGUCAACGAGGGGCAGAACUAUGUCAACCAAUCCAAGGGAACGGGUAACGAUGUCUUCGCGACGGAAGCUUCCGGCCGCACUGCGCUCGGAGUGAUGCAGGACGGACGUCUUGGUAUGGUUCAGAUAGACGGCCGAACAGGGGUAGAUGGGAUCGACCUCUUCACGCUCGCGGAUAUGAUGAUCAAGCUUGGAUUCCAGUAUGCCAUCAACGUGGAUGGCGGUGGCAGUUCCACUACUGCGAUCAACGGUGUGCUGGCGUCUUUGCCGAGUGAUGUCUGUACCGACGAUACAGCGGGAUACUUUGGAUGCGAGAGGCAGGUAUCGACCAUUGCCUGCAUCCAUGCCAGCCCGCAGCAGUUUUUGUCGAUCUAGAUAUCCAGCAUAGCAGAGAUAAACAUUGUUCCUUUGGCG